CCUCAUAAACCCUCUCUUACCUCCACACACACACUCUUCAUAUCUAUAGAUAGAUAGAUACGUAUAGAAAGAGAAUCUAGAGAGAGAAAACAGAAACCCAUUUCCCAGAAAGAACAAAAAUAGAAAUGGCAACUUCAACCCAGUUCCCGGACGAUUUUCGGUGCCCGAUUUCCCUUGAAAUUAUGUCCGACCCGGUUAUUCUGUCGUCGGGUCACACCUUCGACCGCUCUUCAAUCCAACGGUGGGUAGACUCCGGCCACCGGACUUGCCCGAUUACCAAGCUACCCAUUUCCGACCCGGUUUCUCUCAUCCCUAAUCAUGCCCUUCGGAGUCUCAUUUCCAAUUAUACCCUCGUCUCUUUCCCCAAACCACUCUCGUACCCUGAACCGCAGUCCCUUAUUCAAACCCUUAUUGCUUCUUCUUCUUCUAAUUUGGAUUCUAAGCUCAACUCGCUUGACCAACUCAGUAAGCUUUCCAAGCGUGAUUUGGCGAUCCGAAGGAAACUCACCGAGUCAGGCGCUGUAUCUGCUCUUCUCAAUUGUGUUAACUCGGAUGAUGACUCGGGUGGUUUGCAGGAGAAAGCGCUUCAUUUGUUGUUGAAUUUGAGCUUGGAUGAUGAUAACAAAGUGGGGUUGGUGGCAGAAGGGGUUGUGGGGAAAGUGGUCUCCUCUUUACGAAGAGGUGCUGGGGACUCGAGGGCGGUGGCGGCCACGGUUUUGACGAGUUUAGCGGUGGUGGAAGUGAAUAAGGCAACCAUUGGGGCAUACCCAGAUGCAAUUCCUGGGUUAAUUUCGCUGCUUUGGGGUGGCAGCGGUAGAGAGAGAAAGGAAGCUGCUACUGCUCUCUACACGCUGUGCUCUUUCCCGGAUAAUCGGGUUCGGGCCGUGCAGAACCAGGCUGUUCUAGUACUAAUUAAGAAUGCUAAUUUAGGCCUAGAAAGAUCAGUUGAGGUAUUGGGAUUAUUAGCAAAAUGUAAAGAGGGUCGUUAUGAAAUGUUUAAAUACUGUGGGUUAUUGGAUAUUUUGAUAAAAUUCUUGAAAAAUGGGUCUUCAAGAGCUGUGCAAUAUGGUCUUUUGACUAUCAGCUUGCUGUGUAGUUACAGUGAAAGGAUGCGUGUGUUGGCUGUAAGAGAAGGGGUGUUUGAGAUUUCUGUUGGCUUAUUACAAGAUGAUAAUGAGAAAGUGAGAAGGAAUGCUAAUAGCUUGAUUCAGGUUUUACAAGGGCAAACAUUAAGUCUUUGAGAUGAUAUGAAUUUGGAAAGUGUUGAUUUUGAAUGGAUUAUUGGAAGCUUUGGAGGGUGAAGAAGAAGAAGGAGGAAGCACAUGAUUGGUUUUUGGAGUUUCCACAUUACAUAUUAAGACUGAGACUCUUGCUACUUCAUCAAUUUGCGCCAAACACACGUUUUGUUCUCCUAAUUGUUUAGAGGCGAGGCGAAUUCAGAAUUUUGGAUCUAUGAGUUUGAGAUUCCAGAUAAACCGGCUCAUCGGCUUUGCACAAACAUCAACUUGUGUGCAAAAAUUGUGUGAGUUGUCAAUUGUAGUUAGUUAUGUUAGAGAAAUGUAACUAAUUCUCACAUGUUUUGUGUGCUGUUGGUAUAUAAUUUGGGGAACUGGAUAUUUGACAACUCCAGACGUAAAUAAAAUUUGGGUAAGAGUUUUUAGCUUUGCAGAAUAAAAAAGAGAGAAACGAUAAAAGGACACAUAGUUGAAUGGGACCAAAUAGUAUUUUCUAUUUGGAUUACAUUCAUUAUAAGAUUGGAUGAACCUUCCAUUCAUACCUAUCCUUGUUAAAUUUUUAAUUUACUAUUAGGUAAGAAUCUUAUAUCGA